UUGAUUGUCAUGUACUUUAAGCUCGACUUGAAGACCAAUGAAUCGGAGACUAACUCUGAAAUCGUGCCAAACAUUGUCUCAGAUCGGAAACCACUUUCGGUGGUAUUGAAGGCUCCGUUCAAAGCCUCGUGGAAAGCAGUGGUACACGUGUUUCAUAUAUUCAGAAACAAUCCAUCGCUAAUUCAAUACAUAGUUAUUGUGUUAAUCUUCGGCGCAUUGACUGCCUUUCACUGGUCUUAUUAUUUCAUAUACUUGGAGAAAAUCCGUGGCAACGACUCUCUGCUCAUGGGUUUGGCGCUAUUCGUCGAGUCAUUCGCCGGAGAGCUUCCGCUCUUCAUUGUAGCCAAUGUUAUACUUAGAUAUUGCGGGCCUUCGAUGUCACUCAACAUAAGUUUGGCCGCUUUUGCCUUCAGAUAUUUCAUCUACGGCUAUGUUUUCACUGUCGGCACCACUUAUUGGGAUAUUUUGCUCGUAGAAGUGGUUCAGGGGUUGACUUUCGGACUGUUUUAUACAGUGAUGACAGAUUUGGCUCAACAUUACGCCACUCAAGAGAAUCACCGGAUUUUGGCGGCGAGAGAAGCGAUCAAAGAGAUGGCAGACACGGAAGCCGUUGACGAGACAAUCGCCGUUAAUUCUGUGGACGAUCUGACGUCUAGAAGUUACGCAACAUUACAGGGCAUUAUGUCCGGCGCUUUUGAGGGCAUAGGGCUGGGCAUCGGGGCUCUGGCGGGAGGGUAUCUGAUCAAUAGGAUAGAUGUGUUUGCCAUCUGGAAAGUGGGCGCAUUCCUCGCCCUCUUUGCCAUUAUAUUCAAUGUUAGCGUCGAAACGAUUAAAUAUGUUUACAACAAAAGACAUGUCAAAUAG